AACAAGUCUGCGCAAGAGUACUAUCGUGUUGUGUUUUGUUUUGUUCUGUGUGUGUUUUACAAUUGUGUUUAUGGAUGUUUUUGUUUAUGAUGGAUAUCUAUUGUUUAUGAUCAAAUUGAGGAAGGGACGUCUGGUGAAUCAUACACCGGUAAUGCAGUUGGAUACAACAAAGGAAAUAUGGAUUCGAAAAGGCAAAGACAUCACAGAAAAGAAUGGAGGUUCCUCCAUAUAUUAGUAAAUCUGUGCAUUAUUGCACAAAGCAAUUGUCAAACACUUAAAACACAAAGUGAAGAUGUAACCAAAAUAAAACUAGAUAAUAAAUUAGAUUCUAACGUCUGCCAUAGUUGUAAUGAUAGUCAAUUUAAUAAUGAUAAGAAUAUAAAAUUAACAGAAACACAAUCAGAAAAUUAUUUAGAUAAUAUAUUAGAUGAUAUAAGCGUAUUUUGUGAGAAAUACGUAUUUGUAAAUAACACUGAAAAAGAAUUGAGUCGAGUAUUAGAAGAUGCAAUUGAUGAAGCAUUUAAGAGGGACAGGUAUGAGAUUUUUGAUGGUUUCGAAAUCAAAUCUAUAAAAGGUAAUAAAACGAAUGCUGCGAGGAGAACGGAUGUGCAAGGGAGAGCACUAUUCAGUAGCUAUACAUAUGAAUACAGAUUGUUACAGAAGAUUAAGAGUUUUGUAGACACGCACAUACUGUCGAUCAACUUACCAAAAGCAGCAAGCCUUAUGAGAUUCAGAUCCUUUGGAUUGAAGAAAUUCUUCCUGCCACUCCUGAUUGGGAUGCAAGUUUUCAAAAGUAUUCUGCUGGCGAUGUUCUUGCCGAGUAUAUUGGGAAGCUUCGGGAAGAUUAUUGGCAAAGGUAUAUCCCAUUUGUCAGCUACUUCCAGCCAAGCAAGCUACCCACCAGCUAAUACCGAUGACCAGGGCGCUUACAACAACGACAACAAAGACUUCAUGGGAUAUGAAACCAACCAGGCCGGGACGUAUGCCUACAAUGAUGAACUAUACGGAAAUGGAGACGCAAAUGAUAUAAAUGAUCCAUCUAACAUCGAUAUGUCGAGGUUUGGGCCCGGCGGGCAGAAAGUUUCAUAUCUCCCCUCAAAGAAUAACUAUUACAAGAAUCAGAUGACUAACAAUUAUAAGAAUUUUCAAAAAAUACCAGCAUCUUCAAUGAUCCUGAACAACUAUGAUCCGUUCUACUCUCCACUGCUGUCGCGGCUUGAUGGGAUUUUCGCAAGUCUUGGUUUAGCACCUCCUGAAGGCUCUACAGGUGACGUUCAGAAUACAAUGCAGAAUGAUAUGAAGCUGGAGUCAUGCAGAGAACAGCUCAUUUGUCUGAUGUACCAAAGUCCUGCUAAAUAUGCGCCUUACAGUAAUCUUGUGUCUGCACAGUUGAGCAGAGAACUUAAUGAGCUUCGACGUCCUGUGUCCGACAACCCAGAGAUUCUUCGUUUCUUCCGCUACAUGAGGGCAGCCCGACGAGGUCAAGAGAACGCGGACUGUGUACAGAGUCAUCCAGGCUGCACCUUCAACACUCCAACACAUACUAUGAUUGCUGCUUACCAUGACAUCAAUAAAUUGGUGACGGCUAGAAAAUUACAUUGACUGAUUUCAUCGGAAGCACUUUGAGAAAAAUUUGAGAGUUGUCUUAGCCGUUUAAAGUAUUUAAAAUCUGGAAUUCCAUUAAAAUUUUCACGAGAAUAAAUUCCAACGCGAUUAUAUUGUUGAUUUGAACCAAUUUUAACUAAUAUUGAAUCUUUUAUUGGAAGCAGGCGUAACUUUGCGGAAAUCCAUAAUUAUACAAAUGAUUUGAGUUUUCCUUAGUGUUAAUUCCGCCAAUAUUUAUCGAGGCACGAGGCAACCUCAGGACGUUUUGUCUCGCCAAAAUCUGGCACGAGACUGAGACUCAGUGUCGUGUAGAGGCGAAACACGUGUCGAAUUGUCAAAUCUGCAAGACAAAUAUUGGCGGAAUUAACACUAAAGAAAACUCAAAUAAUUUGUAUAAUAUUGAAUCUAUAGAAUCUAUAUAAUUGUCUUAUUUAUUAUUGUAUUUACUUUUUUUAUGCAAAGAAGUAAGUAGCCACAAAACAGAAUACAACUGCCUCUCAACUACUUGCUACUACAACCCCCAAAAAUUCUUAACGGCACUAUAAUUGCGCUCGUCACCUUGAGACAUAAGAUGUUAAGUAUCAUUUGGCCAGUAAUUUUACUAGCUACGGCGCCCUUCAGACCGAAACAUAUUAAUACUUACAUUACUGCUUCACGGCACGUUGUGGUGUACCCAUAAUCUAGGCGGUAUCCUAUGCAAAGGAGCCUCCCACUUAGUUCAAGCCACUAUAAGAUCUAUAUAAAAAUGGUUAAAUACCAUAGAUAAAAUGUUUUGUUUCAUAUUAUCUUGAUACAGGCAAAUAUAAAAGUAUUGCCUGUUUUCAUUUCCAGUAAAAAGCACAUUAAUUAAAGGUUUAAAGCGAACACAAACUGCUCGUAAAACUGGUUAUUUCGUUAAAAGUUUGUAAUUUCCGGGAAAUUUUAACAGCCUUAGCCUUAUUAGCCACAUGAAUGAUUUAAUAUUUUGUUAAAUAUUUCGUUUCGUUUUGUGUCAUUUUUUGAAGCGAAAACUUCUUUAGCGGCUAUGGGCUCUUUUCUUGGGAUGGUUAUAAAAUGUUAAACUCGCGUCAGGACACGUGGCCUAAUCGAUAAUUCGUAAGACAGUCGUUGUAGUAAUGGAUGUUGUUCAAAAUUUAUUUUUCUGAGAGAUAAACUUUUUUAUGUAAAAUUAUUGUAAUAGUUCUGAAAUGUUAAAUAUUUUAUGAUACAUAUAUAAAUUGUCAUUUUUGUGUACAAUAGCGCUAUAAAUGAAUAUUGUAUUUAAACACAUAAAUUCAUUCACUGCAUUGAUACGAGCAGGGCGUAUCAAUUACCAUCAACGUCCUGCUCGUCUCAUCCCUUGUUGACAUAAAAAAAUGUAAAUUCCGGUUUUGAUACGAAAAUUUUGUCACAUAUGAGAUUAAUGAAAGCACUUUAAGUUAAGGUACGGACAGACGUGCUCAAAAAAAGCGUGCUUUUAAGUAUGCUUAAAGUUAGCAUGCUCAUGCAACUGUUCACAUUUGCCAGCAAUAAGCAUGCAUGCUUAAGCAUACUCAUAAAUAAGCAUGCUCAAAGCAAAUGUACCGGAUAGACGUGCUGCUAUUUGGCACCAGACUCUUGGACAAAAAGGAUGUACAAAGAUAUAGUGACAGUGAUAUCCAUACAGAACUCAAUAAUAUAAUCAUAGUCGCCCGCCGCGGAUCGAGAUCAAAUCGAUAAUAGCAUGCUAAUAAGCAAACCUGUUCAGACGCGCUCGGAGCACGCCCCCUUCUACCCGCGCCUCAGGUAGCAUGCUCGAAAAUCAAACGUCGGUUGAUUUUUAAGCAUGCUCUAAAUAAGUAUGCUCAUUACAGUACACACGUGCUACUUAUGAGCACAUGCUCAAUAAAAGCAUGCUUUCGUGUAGUAAUGAGCACGUCUGUCCGUACCUUUAUCCCCAAAUGCAUGGCACAGGGCAGGACAAUUAUUAAUAAAAAUAUUAAUUAAAUAUUAAAAUUAUGGCUAUAAUCAUCUAUCAAUGACCUUAAUCAUAGUGAAUAUUUUUACCAUCAUUAAAAAUAUGAGAGUAGAUUCGCUUCAUGAUGUAUUUCACUAAUUAAUAACUGACCUAAUUAUUGCUCAAAUUAGCUCAUAAUUGGAUUAAAAUCCACUUUUGAUUUUACCUACGUAUGAUUUAGCUAAUAAUUAACCCCCUUAUUCAUAAUAGUCUGCUAACUUAAAGCAUUGCUAAUUCUCACUCUGUCUUCUUCUAUUGACCGAAGUCAGAAUGAGGAAAAACACUCCUUAGCAGCUGAUUAAAGUUAGCGGACCAUUAUGAAUAAGGGGGUUAAUAUUUACGUUAUUUUAUUUAUUAAGUUAAUUUAUUAAGUUAAUUAGUUAGCAAUUUGUAUAUAUUUUAUAUUAUUGUUGUGAUUGCGUGUUUGAAUGUAUUUAUUUAAUGUUUGAGUUAAUAUUAGAUAUAUUUAAGGCGAAAACAAAUAUGGCUGGAGGAUAACUAUUCUAAUGUCAAUAAUUCUAUACUAGCGUGCUGCGUUUAAGCUUAUUAUGAUCAUAAUUAUUAAAAUUGUGUAUAAAUUCCUCUGACAAGAUUACAUCAGGCUAAUCAAGCUCCCUUAGUGAACCCGAGUUAAAAUUACCCGAAAGAGCGUCACGUCUUAGCCUCAAUUAUACAUAAUUUAAGUACUCAGUGCUUCUAAAACUAACUAAAAGAAUCCUCAGAUAUUGUAACGACACAAGUAAGCGAGAUGGCGACGCAACGCACACUCGUAACAGUCGGUGUGACUGCUUAAGAUCCUCAUAAAAAAGUGUGUAUAUUUCUUUGGCCUAACAAAGCAAAAAUCCUUAAAAUUAUUUAUUCCUCCUGCUACUCUACGUUUGUAGAAAGAACAAUAUUGUAAAAAUCUUGCAAAGAUGGCUUUGACUAAAUAACGAAUACGGCUGUAUGAGGUUAAACCCUUUGCCUGUCCUAAUAAUGGACAAACAAAAUUUUAGGAACCAUCUUCACCCUGUUACGUUUGUGUUAAUGAUGUGCGCGCAUCUUAAUAUUUCACUGUCAUCAUUUUUUCAUAAAGCGCCUAAAGAAGUAUAACUUCAAAAAAAAUACUUUAUCACCAUAGAGAAACAACCUCUACUAUUUCUCUAUUAAUAUAUAUAUUCUGGUUAAUCUGAUGUUUACUGGUAGAAUUAUUCAUGGAGCCGUUGUUUUGGAACUGAGAUACACGAUCCGUCAACAAGUCUUAAAAGGCAUUUAUUUUCUCAAAAUUGAUUCCUUUAGAAUUCUUUUUGAUGUCAUUUCUUAUACUACUACCGCUUCGGAAACAAAUGGCGCUCUGAGAGAGAAGAAGCGGCGCAAGAAACUCUCCCAGCAUUCUUUUUUUUGCGCUCUUUUCAAUAAAAAUAUACAAUAUUGUACAGUCAUUUCUAUCGCUAUAAAAUAAUUACAAUCUAGUCCCAGGCUGUCCGAUCAUUUAGAUAUUCAGCAGUAGAGUAACAGGAUUUACGACAGAGCCAUUCUUUUAUAAAACAUUUAAAUUUAUUUAUAGAUAAUGCCUGAACAGUGGCUGGGACUUUAUUGUAGGAGUGUAUACAUUUACCCUUAAAGCUAUUAUGCAUCUUAUGAAGCCUACUAGAAUUAGUUACAAGCAAUCCCUUAUUUCUAGUGUUAUAGUUCUAUCUUAGCAUCGGCAAAGCAAGCUCGCAUCGAAACUUUCGAGACAAUUACAUCUUCAGACAGAAUAUAAAUUUACUAUGUUUUAUCAUAAUUAACUUCUAUGCUAACGCUACUUCACUGUCAAACUGUUAUUUUUAAAUUUAUAUUGCCCAUUUCGACUGUGCAAAAAUUAAGUUACAUAUUAUUUUGUUUAACUAUUCAAUUGAAUAAACUUAAGCCAUUUGUUAAUUAAUUAUAAUAAUACAUACUUUAGUUCGUUGAUUUCGCACACGCCGAGUUAAACUAACAUUACCAAUGCCCUAUAUAAAUACCACUGGACAGGCUGAUCCACAUGUUUGACAUCAAACUUUUGUUGCCUAUUUGAAGCGCCACUCGCGAGCGUCCGGAGAACUAAUUUUGACGUAAAAUACAAAUGGCUGCGAGGGAACGUACAAUACUCUGAAGUAUUUUUUCAUUUUGAAUUAAUUUCAUUCGCUUUCCGUGUUAUUUAUACUUCAAGAAUCAACGUUAAUACGUACACAAUUUUUUUUUGUAAAUAGUUUCUCACCAUCUAUGUAUGUUUGCUGAGGUUGUCAUCACUAGUUUUAGUACCGCAGACUCUCGCUACAUGGCCAACAGCGCCAAAAUGGCCAAUAUCAAACAGGCACAAAAGCCGCCAGUCCAGUGGUAAAUAGAAGAGGUCAGUGAACAUUUACAGUUACGGUAACAGCAUUUGGCAUUAAAAUAGUUCUACUCGAUAUUAAUUUAUAAAGCGAUUUAUUCACGACUUGGGCUUGACAUGUGUCAAUUAUUAUUUAUUGUCUCGCGUGCAAAACUCAUUUGCAUUCAAGAUGGUCUUGGAAUUUGGUGAGCAAUAAAUAGCUUUAUUUCUGAAUGAAAGUCCCGUCAUGUAUAGAGUAAUAACUGUACGGAGAUGUCGAUAAGACGUUACGUGUAUGACAUAAAAGCAUAAACUUAGUAUACUAGAGUAAUAGACGAGCCCUGUGUGAAAGUGAGAUAAUUAUCCUAACAUAAAAACCUAAAAACAAUUUAGUGUCCAUUAGUCUCCUGUCAAAUUGGACCGCUUAUUAAUUUUAGUGUAUUUAUCGUUGUUUUUCUAUGUUUUAACGGACACUAAUUCAAAAGUAUAAUGGUGUCGUGUUCUGUAUUAGAUUGUGUUGUUACAUAAAGCAACGAUCAACUAAAGAUACAAUUCACUUGUAAAUACUGAUUUUUCAAUACUACUUCCGUGAUGUUUAUUUUCGUAGAACAUACGCACUCAAUUAUUUUAUAUUAAAUUGUAUUACCAUUUAAUAAAAUAUGUGUUAGAUAAUAUAAUAUUGUAUACGUGAAUAUGACGUCGUUCAUCAAUAUUUGUUAUAGGGAUUGACCAAAAGCAAAAUACUACAUACUUCACUAACUCUCUAACACAUCUGUAAAACUAUCACACAUGAACAUUUUAAGUUUAGUCUCGCCGUAAUGAGGAGAGUGUUUGUCUAUUACUCUAGUAUACUAAGUUUAUACAUAAAAAUUGAAUAAAAAUAUAUAAUUAAUAUUAAUUAACUCGAGGCAACUUUGCAAUCCUUAAAAAAUUAGAUUUUGGUCGAUGUGUUAAUAAUUUUUCGAUUAUUAUUAUGAUUAGCAAACAGGAUUAAUUCUUAAUAGAAAUAAGUGAUCUUUAAAGCUGUUUUCGCAAAGUGUCACAAAAUCACUUCGACACGUAAUUUCCCACGCUCGUCGUCACCAGUUCGGCAAGUCAAUAGCUCCUGUAUAUGCCUCGUGUUGGCAAAACAUGUGUUGAAGUGAAUUUGAGAAACUUAACGGAAUUACAAUUAAGAUCUUCAUUUAUAACAUUUAAAAUAAGUAUGUUAGUUCUUAUUAAUUUAUGACUUGAUAUUUUCUAUUCUCUAGCCUUUGGAAUUACCGGCUACGAAUUAUAUUAAGUUGGAACGUGAAUAGACCGCUUUAUUGAAAACUUUUCUUUUUUAAGGUAAAAAUACGUGCCUAUAUCGAUUGUUUAUUUGCAAUAAUAUCUUUUUAUGUAUGAUUUUAUUAUAGUCAUAGCGUUAUCUGUAUAAAUAUAGAGUUGUUAAAAUAAUAAAUAUUUUAUUAAAUUUUA